AUGGGGAGCUGUUGGAGCUGUCUAUACAGAGACGCCAUUCAAGACAACCACCCCACCAAAUUCAAGGUGACAAAUGUGGAUGAUGAAGGGAACGAGCUGGGAUCGGGGACUAUGGAGCUCACCCAAACCGAGCUCAUUCUGCACACCCGAAAGCGUGACGCCAUCCGGUGGCCGUACCUCUGCCUGCGCCGUUACGGAUACGAUUCCAACUUGUUCUCCUUCGAGAGCGGGAGACGCUGUCAGACAGGACAGGGGAUCUUUGCAUUUAAGUGCUCUAGGGCAGAAGAGAUCUUUAACCUGCUGCAGGAGCUGAUGCAGUGCAACAGUAUUAACGUGGUGGAGGAGCCCAUGAUCAUGACCCGGCCUGGCCACACGCCUGAGAUGGAGAUGCCCCGAACCCCUCAAACACCCAACACUCCCGGGUUCCCAGUGCAGACGUUUCCUAACGGAUACCCUGGAUACCCUAUAAGUGCAGAAUCGUCACAGCCCUCCCUUACCGAUGACCACAGACACAGCCUCAUGGGGAUGGAUGACCAGACACACACGUAUGUGAAUACGGUUAGUAUGGAGAGUGAGCUUUCGAGCCGCCACUGUGUCCGAUCCCUUCCCGAGGUUCGGCCCCCCGCCUUCACCGAGGCGUCCACUAAACCUGGCCAACCCGGCAUGCACUGCUGUGGCAUGGACGACUCUCACAAGGACCCUCAGCUCUUCCUCCAGCCAGGGACUCAGGAGGUGAAGUUCAUGCUGGGGCCAACGCCUGCACAGCGACACCUGAUGGAGCGAGAGCGGGAGCGAGAGCGAGACCGAGACCGGCACUCCUCUCACCCUCUCCGAGCGCCUGACGGCAGCUCCGAAACCGAGGGAGAAGAGGCUCCUCCCCUUCACAUGUGCAACACACAUGCCUACCACCAUUACCACCAUCAUCUGCACCGGCACUCCAGCAUGGAGCCUUGUCCGGGAAGCCAGCUAACAUAUGAGAACAUUAACGGUCUUAGAGGGCCACGCAGGCAGAGGCUAAGCCCCAGCAGUGCCUCCCAGUCGCAGUCUGUGGGCUCAAGCAGCAGCAGCAGCACAGCUGGAGAAACACACCCACAUACACACCCACACUCCCUGGCACUCUCGCACACACAUGCGUCCCCAUUGCCUCCGCAGGGCUACAGCGGGGGUCAUCGCCGCUCUGCGCUGCUCAACUACGAGAACCUUCCGUCACUGCCACCGGUGUGGGAGUACCGUGCUCUUCAGCAUGAUGAAGAAGAGGAGCAGGAUGAAGAUGAGGAAGAUGAUGAGUACGAGGAGGAAGAAGAGGAGGACUUUGAUGAGUAUGAAUAUUCAGAGGGGCCAGGAACACCGAAUGGAUAUCAUCAGGAAAGUGGUGGCAGCGGUGGGAUUCAUCGCGAUGCUCUGCAGAACUACGUCAACACAGAACAGAUUCCGCCUCCCACCCAUCUGCAUCAUGCGUGCCCUCCUCAUCCUCAGCCCUCCGAGAGGGGUGGCCGAGUUUUCAGUUUUGAUUUCCGCCGGCAUCGGGCGGGGCGCGGCACGGUUGGCAGUGCAGCCUGCGAGCAGCAUGGCCGCCACCUGCCCCCUCCGCCCUCUCGCCAGCUCAACUACAUCCAGGUGGACUUGGAGGCUGGAGCCUCGAGUUGCCCAGGACACGGCGGGGGUGGAGCUCAAGUGCCACAGAGACCGCCUCCAAUGAAGCGCGGCAUGGCUGCUGCCCCGGUAAUGCCUCCCUCCCGCCGUGGUGAGUGUUAUGCUGUGAUCGACCUGCAGAAAACCGCAGCCAUGUCCAAUCUGCAGAAAGCCCUGCCUCGUGAUGAUGGCACGUCCCGAAAGACCCGCCACAACAGCACCGACCUGCCUCUGUGAGACAAAAUGAGCGAUAAAGAG